AUGAACCACGAAGCAGUGAACGAACAGCCCGCCGGAUUCCCAACUGAUUCAGCGCCUGUGGCCACCAAGUCUGAUACAAAGGAUGGUGAACACACGGACAGUCAAGACAAGGUCGGGGACCACGAUGUCCGCACAAGCGCUCAGAACUGUUCAGUGCAGGACGACCAUCCAAUGGAAACCAAGACAGAGGGGGCAGCAUGCAGACCUAUCUGGGAUGAGGUUUGCGAUCGAUUGAAAGAAGACCGCCGUGGAAACAACGGAAUCUCUAUUCGCAUGGUUCUAGGGCUUCCGACAGUCUCAUCGAUCAGAAUAUCCAUCGGAAAUGUGUUUAUUUGGUGUCCGGAAAAAGCGAGAGUUUUAAGAUCUAAAGCAACGCAGCGUACUGCAAAUAUUUUCAAGCAGAUGACUGUGGUGAAGCACUCGAUACCAGUCUAG